AUGUUCGCUGGAGGCUUGGCCGCGGUGCACCCCAUCUCGCAGGCUGACAAGGGCCCCGUGUCUGGGUCCCCACACAGCCUUGAGGGGAGAGGAGUUUCGGAUCUGAUGUGUGAUUUCCAGGACCCCGAAGCCGAAGCAAAGAGAAAGAAAAUGUGCUACUGUUUGGAGUGGCUUGUGGGGGCACGUUUCUGGAUUGAGGGGCUGCUCUAG